CCGAGAGGCUAAAAAGGAUACACCCGGAAGUUUCUGAGGCGUGCUGGAACCGCGCCGCCGGAGGCCUCGCCGCUAUGGGCCGCAACAAGAAGAAGAAGCGAGAUGGCGACGACCGGCGGCCGCGGCUCGUUCUCAGCUUUGAUGAAGAGAAGCGGCGGGAGUACCUGACUGGCUUCCAUAAGAGGAAGGUAGAGCGGAAGAAGGCAGCCAUUGAGGAGAUCAAGCACCGGCUCAAGGAGGAGCAGAAGAAGCUCCGGGAGGAGCGACAUCAGGAAUACUUGAAGAUGCUGGCAGAGAGAGAGGAGGCCCUGGAGGAGGCAGAUGAACUGGACAGGCUGGUGACGGCAAAGACAGAGUCGGUGCAGUAUGACCACCCCAACCACACAGUCACCGUGACCACCAUCAGCGACCUAGACCUCUCGGGGGCCCGCCUGCUGGAACUGCCUCCACCAGAGCAAGGGACUGGCCACAGGCCCGAGGAAGAGGUGUCCUCCACGGAAAAGCCGACCAGAGCCUUACCCCGGAAAUCCAGAGAUCCCCUCCUGUCCCAGCGGAUCUCUGCUCUCACGGCGUCACUGCACGCACACAGCCGCAAGAAGACCAAGAGGAAACGUCCCCGACGGGCCCCGGACUCCACCAAGAAGCCCCCAAGUGCCACCCGUACGAGCAAGACCCAGCGCUGCCGGCUGACAGGCAUGGCCCGGCACGGCGCAGAGUGAGCCCCGAGAACCAGGCCGUGCCCAGCCCGGGCUGAAAGCUUGGCUGUCCCAGGAACCCAGCCCCGAGGGGGCGAUUCUGCGGCCCAGGCCUGGGAGGCCAGCACCUGUGGCCCGGAGCUGGGACUCGGGAGGGGGCAGGCAGCUGAGAGGUGGCUGGCAGCUGAGAGGUGGCUUCCGGCGGGAGGAGCCUUCAGAGCCGAAUCGUGGGCAUCUUCCCAUCUGUGUCUGCACGGAGCCGUCAUCAGAUUUGUGAAGCUGAGCACGCUCUUGGUCUUGUUUGUCCCUGACCCUGACGCCACGUGCCAGGGGCCAGCUUCUGAGGUGCAUGAAAUGGUCAGGCGAGGGGGUCCACCCUCACGGUCCAGCAGUGUCCGUGUGGGUGUGAGAAAGUGGUAGAAUCCAGUCACCCCACCGCUGCGAGAAGCCACUGCUGGGCCGGGGGCAGGGGGCGCGGUGCCAGACUCCACCUUUUACUGGCUGCGACUCUGGGUUUGUCCCUUCCUGGCCUCACUGUCUCUUCAGCCGGAACUGAAGUGGUGGGAGCAGGUGAGUUCCAGGAGUUCUCACUGGUCCCCACCCAGCUGGGGACCAGUGAGAGACAGGAAGGUGACAGGAGAAGCUACAUGUCCCACCUGGCCCCGGGGUGGGGGUGGGGGUGGGGCUGCUGGCAGGAGGGGAGCUGAAGUCCCAAACCCGGCUUCUUUCUGCUCAGCCCAGGCAGGGCUGCCGUUGGGGAGGCUCAGGAACAGGGGCUCCGUAGGCUGUGUCUCGGGGGGACUGGCACUCUCCCGUGUCACCAUCCAGACCCGACAUCUGGUGCCUGCGUGAAGGCCACACCUGGACAUGGGAACGCGAAGCUCAGGGCGUAUGGGUGGGAGACACUGUGACCUGGCCCUUUGGCUCUUCCACUGGCUCUUCCUGCUAGCUUCCCUCUUCUUGGGGUGGAGUGACUCGCUCUGCUGGGCUGCAUCCCUCCUGGGCAGAGGCUGGGGCCUGCUAGCAAGCUCACCCGGUGCUUCUAGUGCUCAACCCGGGGUGGGGAGUGUGAGCCUUGCCCUCACCCGCCCCCCGGGAGCAGAAUACAUGCUGGGCCCAAGGGAUUAGUGCACAGGGGUGGGCGUGGGUUUGAAUCCUCACUCUGCCACUUGGCCUCUGUGUGGGCACUUUGCUGUGCUGACCUCUCUGGGCAUAUCCCCACAAGUAAGAAGUCAAGACACCCCCCUCCUAGGGCUGCCCCAAGGCUGCCAGGAGCCCUGAGCACGAGCCACCUCCUGCAGCCCCUGGCAUCCCGGCCUCUGCUGACCCCUGCGAUGGCUGACCCACAGCUCUUCUCCCGUCCCCAGUGCCACAGGGUCAUUUACCAUUUAGAUCUACACGUUGUGAUGUUUAAAAAUAUUAAAUUCUCAUUCGCGCUCUUC